AAAGCGCGUGUGUUGAUCUUCGCGUUAUGUUUCCAAUACUUGUAACAUGACGACAAUAGAGUCCAGAAUUCCUCGUCGGCGUGCAAAUUCUGAAGAACCCAGGACAAAUUAUUUCGUGCGAAAACUUUCCAAAUUGGUUUUAAAUGAAAGCAACCUUCAAAAUACCUCUCAUCUCAAGGAUUUUAAUAUGAACCACAAAUUGUCUACACAACAGCCGAAGUUUACUAAUCCUUUUGCUCGUCUGGAUUUUCGGAAAAAAAGGAAGAAGACUACUAAAGUCAAAGUACCACCAUUGGAUUUUCCCCAGUCGUAUACUGAGUUGAUUUUGGAACUUGCCUACACAUCAAACUUAACACGUCAAGUUAUUCGACCCUUUAAUCGUUGUCAUUUAAUAAGUCAAUUAACUGAAUGUGCACGCUUGAUUCGUGGACGUAUCGCUUCUGGUGCUGCAUGUAUCCAGCUUCCGUUACUGGCCGAUUCCAAAAAGGACGAACAACGUAUGAGUGACAAUCGAAUGAUUAUGGUGAAGAUUAAUCAGUUCAAUGAAGCACAUGCGUUAUUUACUGAUUGGAUUAAUAAACUUUCAUCAGCUCCAUUUGUAACUAACACGUUUGGUCCAACAGUUGUUCAACCUUCUGACGAAAAUAGUCCUACAAAUCAACAGAUUCUACUAUCAAAAUCAAAUUAUUCUAUACAGGAUGCUAAUUUACUACAAGAUUUACAAUGUGAUGGUGAAUUAUUAUUCUGUCAACUUCAAUCAUGUGCUUUGGCUGUGUUUGAAUUACUCAAAAAUGUUGGCUACACCACGUUUGUUGAACCGUCAUGUAUGGAAGCUUCGCUGUAUAAAAGUUGCUAUGCACAAAAUGAAUCAACCCCUACUCAUUUAAACAAAAAUGGUCAUGAAAUUAAAAACAGUGGUACCGAAAUUCUUAGUCAUUCUAAUUCGUAUAACAAUACAUCAAUAAAAAGUUCAAGUGUGUUCACUGAUGAAGAUCGUGAGCUUCUAGCUAAACUUUGGCGUUAUUUAGACCCUAACAGUAGUUUAUCAGGCACCAGUUCACCACCACCAAAACCUCCUCUACCUAAUUUAUGUCCUCUCAAUAUUCCAUUCUCUGAUCGUCGUACGGAUUUAGUCAGCUCUAGUAAUCAAUCUUCUCAACUUAGUAUGAACCCAUUUGAUGAUCCAAACUUGUUAGCAUAUUUAUGUACAAUUGCUUCUACUGCUCAACAAAAGUACCCUUCAAAUUCAAGUCCAAUUAAGAAAAGUUCAGAUUGUCAAAAAGAAUUUACAUUGCCAACCACCAGAUUGGAUUUAAAUGCAACUGACCACUUGUGUUUUCCAUUAGUCGAUGAGUCGGAUACUAGUGAUCUAGAGUCGAAUUUCAAUUAUCUUAAUAAUUCGAUUAAAUUAGAUAAUUCUUGUACAAUACAAACACCUAGUUGUAAACCUAACAGCGCAUUGUUUUCAAUUAAAGAUGCCUCACAUUCUGUUAUCGAACAACCUAAACUGCCUACUAGACAAAAGGAAAAAUUUGAUCACUUUGAUGAAACAUCGCUAUAUUCAACAACUUGUAACGGGAAGUUUUCACAUGUUCAUUCCAGUCGAAAAUUACCAUUUCAAUUGAAAGAAUGUAAAUACUGGUCAAAAUCAAUGUCAUCUGCAGAUUCGAACAAUCCACUUAGUGAUAGUUUAAUGCAGGAGGAAGUAGCAAAAAUGGUGAUGCAUUUACAAGACAAUGAUUCGUGUACUUCACAUCAGCUGGAAAAUCCUCUAAUUACAUGCACAUCAAGUGCGAGUAACUCCAUUGCUACUAGUUCGUCUGAUACGACUGUUACUACUACUAGCACUACACUUACUACUGUCAUUCCAAAUGAACAAAACACUUCAACUUUAAAUAGUGAUGCCAACUGUGAAUCAAUGACAUCCAUUACUGAGGAUAUUGACGAUCGUUCACCUAAUUGUCAUUCUGAAGUAAAAUCCGAUACAGAAGAUGUUUAUGAAUUCAUUGAAGCAAAUGGUAAAAAGUAUCGACGUCAUUUUCAACGACGUGUUGUCAUUGAACGGCAUAAAGUUAGAGAAAUUAUAUUAGCACCAUCACUUCCAGAUGGUAUGGGACCAGAUCUUAAUCGAGUUACACUCAGCCGAUCUGAUCAGAUAGAUGGUAAAUCCGUCAACAACAAUAGUAAUAAUGAAGUUAUUCCACCAAUUGAUAAAUUAUCAUUAAAUAACUCUUGUAACUCUUCUUUAAAUCAUAUCAAUGCAUCGAACUCUCCUGAAUUUAAACCUCGAUUCGGAAAAUGGAAUAUUUCCUGUAAUAAUGCUGCUAAUGAACGCAACGAUUGUAUGGAUCAUGACGAUUUAGAAGAAUCCCAGUUCACCACAGCUGACGCUGGACCACCUAAACCAUCUUUACCGAAUGAGAAACCAUUGAUUAGUUAUAUGUUUCGAUUCGGAUCAUCUGAUUGUGACAAUCCAGAUGAUGAACGACGUUUAUCUGAUCGAUUAAUUGAUUUUUUCCGUGAUCAAUGGUUAAAAGAAGAGUCUGCAGCAGGACCACAUGAACGUAAAAAAGUUAUUUCUUAUACACAAAGUUAUACACAACCUACAACCAAUGGUGAUUUUAUUCAUAAAUCAACGUGGAUUCAACAUACAUGCACAGUUCGAAUGGUUGGAGGUCUUCAAGGAUUAAAAGCUCAGGCUAGUCGUAAUGCUGAAAUGAAAUUACCUGAAAUAUUAUCAGAUGAUGAAUUUUCAGAUAAAAUAUCUUGUAAUUCACUUACUUCAUCAUCCAACGAAAUAACAUCAUCUUUAACUGAAGAAACAGAUGUAUCACAACAAUUAAAAGAGGAUUCAUCAAAGUUUAACCCUCACCAACCACAAAUCGUUAUUACCAGUGACGAAACAGAUGAUGAAGAAAUACGUGAUAACCAUAUCUCUACAGUAACUCAAGAAAGAGAAAUUUACACAACUCUACCUAUCGUGGAACCUACUAAUAUACUACCUAUCCUAAGUCUUUUAAAAGCAAACGAUUAUUUAGUAUGGGGUGAUCGAAAUUCUCUAAAUGAUAUUUCUGUACAUGCUGGAUGUAUUGAUGCUUUAAUAGUAUAUAUAACAUCAUAUGGCCGUAUGUCACCAUCAUAUUAUUUAUUUUUCGAAACAUUUCUUUUUAUGUAUCGUUCAUUUAUGACAUCUGAUGAAUUAGUGAAUCGUUUGAUAACGCGUUAUCAUUACUUUAGCCAUCCUCCACGUUAUUUAUCGCAUUUGACAAAUUUAUCUCAUGAGACCAGAUCUAAAGUGUGUACGUCUACUGUGUCAAUUUUAGUGACUGUGGUUACACGAUUAAGACAUGAUUUAAAUGAUAAAUUGCUAGAAAUUCUUCAAAAUUUCGAAGAAACUCUUUCACAAGACGAAUAUAAAUCACUCAGUCGAAUUUUACACAUUACAAUUUUUCGUCAGUCACAGGAAAACUUACAAAUUCAUUCUAACUCAAUAAACACUGAGUUAAUCAAUAAUAAUAUGCGUAAAUCUGAUUCAUUUCUAUCAAAUAGUGGUCGAACCUCAUCACUAGGCGAUGUAUCAUCCGAUCAAUCCAUGUUAAAUAGAAUUAAUGAAACAGAUCAAUGCGCUGAAUAUAAUGAAAAUGUGGGAUUUAUUACAUUACCAAAGACUAAAUCUAGACGAUCACAUGCUUUGGAAAAUGUUGAUCGUUAUUCAGUGAUUGAAUCGACAGAAAAUGAUUAUGUCAAUCCUUCUUCUGCGAUAAAUUCACUUCCAACUAAAAGAAUCUUGUUGAGUACAUCAAAAAGUAGUCUUGGCCUAUUGAAUUUCCCUGCAAAAUCUUUAGCUGAACAACUUACAUAUUUAGAAUGUUUAAAUUAUUAUAAAAUUAAUGUUUUUGAACUGCUUGACAUUUCAAAACUAGAGCAAGGUAAAGCACCUGGUGUAGCCGCUUGUGCACAUCAUUUUACAAUGCUUUCUAACUGGGCCACUUAUCAAAUUUUAUCCUUAACAAGUGCAUCUGAUCGUGAUAAGGUUGCAAAUCGUUUAUUGGAUGUUAUGGAACACUUGUACAAACUCCAAAAUUUUAGUUCCUACCUGUCUUUACUUUGUGCAUUUCUCCUAGUACCAGAAGCUUUGUUUUCUCGAAAAACACUCAGUGUAAGUCAGCUUGUUGAUAAAUUUCUUCUUUAUAUGUUACAUGUUCAAUAUUAUUUUUAUAGUUUAUAAGAAUUUGUAUGAAGAUUUAUCCGAACACUUUUAAUAAAGUUAGGUGUUGAUUCAAUGAGCGACAUUCGUGUUGUGGAUGCGGAGGAAUAAACCAAUAAUUAUGAUGUUAAGUCCAAUGGUGUCCUUGGACUUUAAAUGGACAUUUCCUAUUGGUCGAUAUCUGUUCACUUGUUGAAUAUUGUGCAAAAUGUUGUUUUCUAUUUUUAUGGUACGAUGUGGUAUUCUUGAUUGGUAUAUAAACAAAGUAUGUUUGAAAUAUAAUGAUUCAUAACUCAGAGGCUGUGACUUGUGUUCUUGGCUCAACUGGCUGGGACAGACAGCGAAGUAGGGCCAAUCAGGGCACUAGGUCGUCCGUACGUGUUUUCCGUGUCACUGUAAUCGAUCGAUCAAUAAACCGCUGCUUAUCAAAACCUGCAGUCACACCCGUUACAACAAUUCGAUGCAUAGAGAGUUCGUUAUUACCUCGAAGAACCUCGAUUUAGACUCGUUGAUAAAACAUUGGAACCGUUUAUUUUCAACGAUGAAAUUUUCUCAAAUAUAGUAUUAUAUCUGUUCAUCAUUAGGAUUUUAUCUCUCUCUUAUUGUGUUCCAUAUAUUCACUCAACCGAUAUUUUCAGUAAUCGCUAAACUUUAAAUUCAAGUGAUAUAUAAUUCUUGAAAUAUAUUUCCAUUGUUUACUGUCUAUUACGUGAUUUGGCUGAAAAGAAAUUGAUCAUGAUGAGGUAUAAAUUAUGUUUGACAAUUUUAUUAAAGGAAAGCAUCAUAACAGUGUUACUGAAUUUUACAUUGAACUAAUUUCCUUGUCUAUUAUGAAAGAUACCAUUUCAAUUAAUGCAAUUCUUUAUGUCAUAGUCAGUCAGUAAGCUACAACGUAGGACCAGGCACAUAUAUGCAUCGAUCCAAGUUGCCAUACCUCAUUAACGCAACACCGAAUUCAUAGAAGUAGUUACUUUGAUGGUAGUAAUAUAUAAAAGAAAGAUUGUGUAUAGGGAUAUAGUACAGAAAGAAAGAAUUAGUUGGUAGAAAGAAAGAUAUAAAGCAAUUUUAAUCUCACAGUUUAAGGGAAAACCGUGUUUAUACACCUACGCCAUUGUGAUCAAUUCUGAGCCAUGUCACCCAGAGUCUCCAACCAUUGGUUACAAUGGUCGUACGAACCUCAACCAAGUAGUCUGCAUCUACCAACAUGGCUCAGAUCAGAAAUUUGUGACUUUAUGAACCGAUGCCAAGUUUUGGUUUGGCCGCCCUUAAAAAUCUCCCAACCGUCUCCAACACUAGUCUGCAUUGCACACCGUGGUUAUUUUAUUUUAUUUAAACACAUAAACAUAGGUACAAGAAGGCACCGAGUAGAUGUGCGCCACAUAAAUCAUUCAAUUUGUGUGAGGGCUAGGAUACUGCCCGGGUGCCCAAACUGAGCAGGUGGUUUUCUUAGGGGGGCCACACCCCGAACCUUCGACCUAGAGGUCUAAUCCACAAGGCAGUGGAGCAACGUAAGGAGAUGCAGUCCUGUGUUAUCCAGUUACCAACAAUUGGUUCGUAAAACUUUCGUUCCCUCGGAAUCCUGGGGCCCAUGUGCACCGGUGGUUUGGAACCAAGGUUUUCCAACCCCCCUAAAUGUGCCCUCCUUGUCCACCAACCCGGUUAAAGCGCCAGACAUUCGCCUUCCAUCCUCUCCAUUUUGAAAACAACGCCCCAGCCACGAGAAGGCAGUGAGUAGGACUUCCCUGACAAUGGUUGUAUGCACGUGGCCAUGUGAGGGCGUUUCGAGAGGGAGAGUUGACUCUCCCCACUCUUGGCUCGUAUCAGGGCAUUUGGAGGUCACCCCGUUGUAAUCGGUGGCUUUGUAUUAUAAUUCCUUCUCUAUCAAAGAAAUUACACAAAUUUCUUCACAUUGCUCCUCUCAAUAGCUAAUACUUUUUUAUGAUUACCCACCUUUGUACAAAAUGCA